CGUCGCGCACACACAAAAGGUGUCUUGUAAACUCGUAAGCCGCGUCCCUGCCAACCUAUAUACUGUACUAUAAUCUAUAUACACCUAUAUCUAUACUACACAGUACACGCUGCUACAUCGCAUAUACUGCAGACACCUACUACGCUACGUUGUACUAAGUACAUCCCGACUAUACCGCUGCUGCUCGCCGUGGUGAUAUAGCCAGAGCACCAGCCGCAGAGGAGAGACAGAUAAGUAGAGUCAAGAUGCAGGGGCUCGCGCUGUUGGCCCUAACCUCGCUGGCCGUCUUCCUCCAGACGCUUGGCCGCCACGUCGCUCAAGCCGGCUCGGGCAAGUUGACCCGCAUUCGCGGUAUUCCUCUGUCGAAGCUCUCGCUCUACUUCCCGGACCAGGAUUUCGAGUGCCUCGACGGCAGCCUUAUCAUACCCUACGCCAGAAUCAACGACGACUACUGCGACUGUGCCGAUGGCAGCGACGAGCCCGGCACCGCUGCCUGCACCAAUGGCUAUUUCUACUGCCAGAAUUCAGGCCACCAAGCUGUUUAUAUUUCUUCGUCAAGGGUAAAUGAUGGAGUCUGCGAUUGCUGUGAUGCUAGCGACGAGUAUUCAUCUGACGUCCAAUGUGUAGACAACUGCCAUGAAUUAGGGCGAGAAGCUUGGCUUGAAGCCCAAAGAGUUGCUGAAUUAGCUAAGAAAGGCAACAAAAUCCGCUUAGAAUAUGUCCAGCGUGGCAAACAGUUGAAAACUGAAAACCAGGCUAAACUAACAAAACUAAGAACUGACUUCGAAGAAGCACAGAUGUCCAAAAAGGAAAGAGAAGUCAUUAAAACUAGAGCUGAAGAACGUGAAACAGCAGCUUUAGAAAAGUACAAACCACCACCACAGCCAGAGCAGCAGACUGAUGACACUCAGGAAGAGGAGAAGGAAAUUUCUGAAUAUGAGGCUGAAGAGUACUUUAAAAUGUUGGACUCUGAUUCCAGUGGAACAAUCACAAUAGCUGAAUUACAAACCAGAGUUACCUUUGACAAGGAUCGUAAUGGAGAAGUUAGCAGAGAAGAAGCACUGUUUUUCCUCAGCAAUCAAGAAGAGCUCACCAUGCAAGAAUUCAUUGAUUCUGCUUGGGCUAAUGUAAAACCAUUCCUUAUGUUAGAAAAAGGUAUCUUUAAACCAGCUGAGAAGCAUGAAACCGAAGAUGAGCAGCAGAACCAAGAACAUGAGGAGCAACAUCCGUCCGAAGAAACUGAGGAAGGUCACGAGGAAGAGGAGCACGAUAUAGAUUUUGAAGAGGAAGGUCAUCCGGGUGAAGUCGAAGACGUUACCCCCGAAGAACACCACGAGCCUGAGAAACCAGCCCCCGUUCAAUACGACGAGGAAACCCAAGCCAUCAUCGACGAGGCCACUCAAGCGCGCGAAAAGUUUCAGGAAGCUGAGCGUGCCGUGCACGAUCUGCAGAAUGAGAUACGCAAGAUCGAGGAACGCGUCGAGCGCGACUACGGUCCCGAGGAGGAAUUUGCCGCGCUUGACGGCGAGUGCUUUGAGUUUACCGACCUUGAGUACGUCUACAGCUUGUGCCCAUUCGGCAAAGCGACGCAGCGUUCCAAGUCCGGCGGUAGCGAAGUCAACCUUGGUUUUUGGAACGACUGGAUCGGAGGCGAAGACAGCAGCAGGUAUACCAAAGCUAAAUACGAUCGUGGACUGACUUGUUGGAAUGGCCCAGCCAGGUCGACCAUCGUUACCCUUAAGUGCGGCGAAGAGAACCAAUUGCUGUCCGUUACGGAACCCAACAGGUGCGAGUACGCCAUGGAGUUCCAAUCGCCUGCGGUCUGCAACCCGAAUAACGAGAGCGUCGACGUGCACGACGAGCUGUGAUUUUCUGAUUUCUAUUUUUUCGACGAUUUUUUCGUGAACUUCGUUGCUGAGUGCUCCAAAGUGAUUUUGCCUUCAUUUUUUUUUCUCGGGCUUUUGAGAAAUGGUAAAGUGUUUUUGAAGAUUAUUUAAUGAUGAUGAUUAAAGGAGUCAGUAGUAAUACUCAGUAUCUGCAUAGUAUAAAGAAAUGCUGUUGAGAUUCGCAUAAUAAGGUCAAGUGAUAGUAUUAUUUAAUUAUCUAUUACUACUGAUUGAUAAGCAUAAAUAUAUAAUUUGAUAUUACUUUAUAAUCUUAAAUUGCAUUUUACUUAAAAACAAAUCGACUUAAAUUACUGUUUGGACAUGAAGCAUAAUUUACACUGUCAUACAUGAACUUGAAGUUGUUUUUCCGAGACUCGCUUUUGGCAAAUUUAGCUUUUGUCACAAAAAUUGGUAUUAAUUGGCCGUAGUUUGAGCCUAAUCGACUAGAAAAUAACAAUAUUUUCUGUUAAAAAUCAAAUUUACAUUUGAAAAUUACAAUUAGUAAUAGAUUUUUUGGGUGUAUGAAUCAACGAGGAGUACUCUUAAUGAAGUUUUGGUCCUACUGAUUGUUGAUAAAAAAAUGUCGUGUAAAGUUUUAUGAAAUAGUUGAUGAAAUCAAGUUUUAGAUAUUUGUUUGGUAUUCUAUCUCAAAAUGAAUUUUAUGAUCUAUAAGAUAUCUUCAAACUUUAUCUUUUUUAAAUACUUUACAAGAGUUUUAUUAAUGAAAAACAAAUAUUCGAUUCUUGGCAGUUUAAUCGCGUUUUCUUUAACGAAUAUUUAAUAAUUUGGCGAUUACCUUUGCACAUUGCUAGAAGGAAAAAAAUAAGCGUACUUCAAAAGUAACGAAAUGUCAAGCACGAUCCCGAAAGCUUUGUCUAGUAAUACAUUCCCUUUUUGCACACAAAGAAUUUUUACAGCGAGUGCGGAUAAAAUGUCAAAGCCGAGAGACAUCCUGUGAUACCAAUCUGUUACUUUUUCCAGUCAUCUCGACUUCUCGGAGCAUGAUUAUACUCCACUUUUUUUAGUGAAAGUACUUUGCGCACAGUAUUUGUAAAUUAGAAAAAUGCAGAAUUCGCAAGAAAAAUUUUGAUAUCAUCUUAUUCUACGUGAGGCAACGCAAUAAAAUCUUGAGGCGCUACAUUUUUCAAAUUUAUAAACUAAAAUAUUACACACAAAAAGUACGUAAACACAUUUUCUGCAGUUCGAGAUAAGCCACUGAUUUAGCGUUCUUAAUUAUAUUUAAUUAUUUGAGCAUUUCCGAUGCAACAUCACCGUGUUCGCACUAUAUUUACUUCAUCGUUUGUAUACUCUGUAAGAAUGAACGUUUGUAGUUACUUGAAUUCCUCUCAGAUUGUGCAAUGUGCGUAUCUGUAAGAUAUUUUGUAAAUGUAAUUUUAAGAUGAUGAGUGUGGGUCUAAUAAAGACUAAAGGAUUAAAUAAAUAAUAUUCAAACUGUUA